AAGCCACACGCCUGGCCGGCUGGAGUUUAUGGUCCCACUGGGCCGCUGAUCCGGCCGCUCUCUUUACCAUGUCUCAGGUGAUUGGUUGGAUGUUUGCAGUCCAGGUGUCCCUAAACACCUGAAGAUGACUAAUAUCAUUCUCUCGCCCGACGAUAAAUUUACAAGUGUAUAUACUCCUCACUCCGUGUCUUCUUCUCAUCAAGUGCUACUGACUUGCUUUUGUGUUCAAGUAAUAAGACAUUUACUAUAAACGGUGAAGGAAUGGUUUUCAUGUACUCAAAGCAAAUAGUUUGUGUGUUAGUAAAGAAACAAUGAAGCACUGUAAAAUGUACGCUUUCCACUAGACACUGCCAACCAGUUGUAAGCCAGAGCGUUGAUCCCCUGACGUCCUCUCCACCCAGGGGGAGGGGCUUGUGGCUCUAACGAUCGUAAACAGGGUAUAGAAGUAGUAGUAGUACUAGUAUACUGCUACACACACAAAACAAACAUACAAACAAGCAAACAAACAAACUGUUCUAACUGUAAUCGUAAAACACCCUGCCUCUGUAUCAGUAAGGCUCAAUGCUCAUCAGGUCAUCAAGAUGCUUGAAAUAUAUGGGUGGACGUGUCUCGACUCCUCAUCCUACACCAUUUUCAUGCAUAGAGACCCAUGGUUUUCUUGUUCCUAGUUUGUCUUGCAGAAAUGAGGCCCUUCAUACUGAGAAGCAUGUGUCCAUUCGGUCUCCAAAGGUUGAAACGAAUCCCGAAUGGAAUGGUACCAUUGUGGUGCGUGUGGAACGUGUAUCUGCUCAACAGGCACGGUUCACCUGGGAUGUGACACCUGAGGUACCAGAGGGAGUAAACAUCUAUGUCAGAUAUGAGAGGCAUUACCCAUCGUGUGCCGAGCAGGAUAAUGUGGGUGAGUGGAAGAUCAAGAGGUUAAAUGACAGUAUUCUCCGGUAUCUUUACCCUUACACAAACACCAAAGUGACGGUGCAAGUUGGUGACGUAGAAGGCUCCAACAACAUUACGAGUGCCGCUAGAUUGCCCAGGAGGAAAGUAAAAGGCAUGACGUGCUCGGCCUGGUCUUGUGAGGCCGCCGUGGACCCUGACUGUCGAAAUGAUAAUGGUCCUGAUUUUCACGUAGAAUUUGUCCUGGAAACAUGGAAUGAGGAUCUCGGAAGUUAUUCUCCAGUCUCGACUGUCGAUAAAGAAAUUACAGAGAAUUUCACAGCAAAAAUCUGGUGGGAGGACCUUGACCUACUGCCCCUCACAAGUUACUCGCUGACAGCCUAUCCUGCAAACAGCAAAGGAAGAAUCGAGAAUAAAGUGAAUCCCAAAGAGACAUUCACAACACCAGACGCUCUACCGAAAGUGACGAAUUUGGUCAUUAAGCGACUGGAGGAAGAGAAUCAGAUGCACUUUAGCUGGAAGCCAUCCCGUCCAUCUUCGCCGGAACAAUACUUUGUCUCACUGUGCCAAGUCAACUGUGAGGAGAAGCCUGUCACCACCAACAGCACAAUGAUCUUCCCACUUGAUGAACUGGCUGUCGGCAAAAAAUACAUUGUGAAGGUCCGGGUCUGCAUUACGGGACGGCAGUGCAGCGGCGAAAAAGAGAUCGAGAUGUGGACACCACCAGAGAAGCCAAUGGUGCAGGAAAAGAUCCACACAGCCACUGAGAGUACCACCACUACCAUCACCGUCCAGCUGCCUGUUUUGUGUAACACACCCGGAUGGCACCAUGUGGUGAUGAAAAAAUCAGAAACUAAGCAUAGUGAUGCGUGGUACAAGCACCUCCAGGAUGAAGCAAAGGAAAUUGUUAGCCAAAAUAGAGACGCUAUGCAAAAUGUAUCCUCGCACUCUCCUGACAAAAAUUCUCCAUUAGAUACAGAAUAUCGCAUUAUGAAAACAGUUCAGCAGAACAAUACGAUCGGAGAGGAUGGAGAGACUAUGAAAGUAAUAGUGGGCGAAGAGUCCCCACUCCAGAGUAACACGAAGUAUACUGUUUUGAUUGUGACAGAGACCAGGGCAGGCAACUGGAGCCAAUAUUAUGUGACGGGGCCAUUCUUCUACAGCACAAAAUUGGAAGUGGAUCCCGUCAGUGCGACGCUGGUGAUAGGCGGCAUUUGUAGCGCGGCGAUGCUGCUGGGUGUGUUGGCGACUGUUGUUUGGAUGAAGUCUUGCAAUCGAAGGCAGGGGAACGGGCCUGCGUUUAACAGCGGGGAAAGAAGACCCUGUUGAGCUUGACUCUAGUCUGAUAUAAUGAAGGGACAGACGGAUUGGUGCCAUCCUAGUGCAGCGCUUCUUGUCUUGAAGGGUCAUCACGUCACUUUGCUUCUGACCAUGUGUUUACUAGACGAGUAAUGCUGGUCAGUCUCACACCACAACGACGCCAUGGCUCAUAUCUGACUGUUCCCUCAUUGCGCUAAUCUGACUUUGAUAUUAUUUAUGAUCAAACUUACUCGCUUAUAUAAUUGUCUUUCAGCUUGUAUUUAUUUAUUUUUUCGUUAGUAAUUCUCAUGGAAUAACGCGCAAUGAUGUUUCCAGCCCCAUGCUGUCGUUGAAGACUAGAGACAAGUAGCUGCCUCUCCACUCUUCUUUGUACUUCAGAUUCAUCACCUCAUAGAUGGAGAGACUGAUAGACAUAUGUUUACUUAUCAUAAUUCAUAGGUGAAAAAUACUGCUGCAGAAAAUUCACUGUACAAAGUUUGAUUUGAGUACCAUAGUUAAUAUCCAAACGGACAAAAUCUUUCAUUGUUUAUGUUCAGUCUCUUGCAAAUAUGUAUAAUUUUACGUCUUGAGAAGUGUUUCUGGGUUGUGACAUAAUGUUGUAGUUUCAAAAUAGUGAAGUAGCUAGAUGGUUUUCAGCAUUUCGAAAAUUGAUAUUGAUUUGUCAUAGAUGGCUUGCGGUCAGCAGAAAUAUGUACAAUGAUUCCCUGCCUUUUCCGUAAGUUAGAAGCAAAAUAGAUGAAUAAAAUAAAAAAAAAGUAAAUACAUAAUUUUAGCAAGAGACGCUGAAACUGGAUGCUCUCUCUUUGGUAAUAUGAAUAAAGUUUGUAUGUGCCUAUGUAUUUACUACAGAAACGUGUGUGUGUGUGUGUGUGUGUGUGUGUGUUGAUACUCUCUGUCAAGAUAAUGUUUUUAUUAGAUAAAUUUAC